AGUACCUAGGCCUUACAGCCUCGGCUUUUCCUGUAAGCAGAGCCGGAGCUUUAGCUUCUAGAGUACCGACUCGGAAGUGGACGUCUACAAGGUGUCCUUAGGAUCAUGGCAGAUGGCGGUGGUGAAGCCGAACAGGAGUUGGUGCAACUUCGCUUGAAGAGCAUGAAGGAGGAGAAAUUUAUUUUGGUGCCUGAGGAGGACCGACUUGGUCGAUGUCGAAGUGUAAAAGAAUUUGAAAAAUUAAAUCGUAUUGGAGAAGGAACAUACGGUAUUGUGUAUCGGGCCAGGGACACUAGAACCAAUGAAAUUGUAGCACUGAAGAAAGUGAGAAUGGACAAGGAAAAAGAUGGUAUCCCUAUAAGCAGCCUGAGGGAGAUCACGCUACUUUUAAAACUACGACACCCAAACAUAGUUGAGUUGAAGGAAGUGGUCGUUGGGAAUCACUUGGAAAGCAUUUUCCUUGUAAUGGGAUAUUGUGAGCAGGAUCUAGCAAGUUUGCUGGAAAACAUGCAAACUCCGUUCUCAGAAGCCCAGGUGAAAUGUAUCUGCUUCCAGCUGCUCACAGGUCUGAAGUAUCUGCAUGAGAACUUCAUUGUACACAGAGAUCUGAAGGUGUCCAACUUGCUGAUGACAGAUAAAGGCUGUGUGAAGAUCGCUGAUUUUGGUCUUGCUCGUGCAUAUAGCAUCCCUCCCAAGGCUAUGACUCCAAAAGUGGUGACACUCUGGUAUCGUGCCCCUGAAUUGCUGUUGGGAUGCACAACACAGACUAUAGCUAUAGACAUGUGGGCAGUGGGUUGUAUCCUAGCUGAGCUCUUGGCUCACAAGCCUUUGCUUCCAGGAAGCUCAGAGAUUCAACAGAUAGACCUGAUCAUACAGCUGUUGGGAACACCAAGUGAAAAUAUAUGGCCUGGCUUCUCCAAGCUCCCCCUAGUGGGUCAGUACACAGUGCGGAAGCAGCCGUACAAUAAUCUGAAGCACAAGUUCCCUUGGCUCUCUGAAGCUGGUCUUAGGCUUCUCAACUUCCUGUUCAUGUACGACCCAAAAAAGAGAGCCACAGCCGAAGACAGCCUAGCAAGCUCUUACUUCAAGGAGAAACCUUUACCCUGUGAGCCUCAGCUUAUGCCGACCUUUCCACACCAUCGUAACAAGCGGGUGAGCAGCACAGGGGCUGAGAGUCAGAGCAAGCGUUGCAAACCGUGACCUGCUUCCUGCUGCUAAUUGUUUUAAGAGAAGAGAUUCCGUCACCACUGUUAAGUCCAGUGUAUGUGAAUAGAUAUUGGAGUUUAUGCUAAGUGCACUGAACAAAGGGGAUGGAGCACAAAUCCCUUAGACAAGCUUCAGCCAUGAUUUGCUCAUGAAUCUGUGAUUCAGACACCGGCAUGGGCAGUUUUUUUUAGUUAUCUCAAAAAGAUACACAGGUGCUGGUACAGUACUGUGUUGCAUGAGUAAUGUGAGUAUACCAGAGUCAUGUAAAUACUUUUAUUGUAAAUGAACUUGGGAAAAUAUAAAAAUUUGUUUGAUGUUAAAUAAAAGAAUAAAUAUUUUUUUUUAA